AUGGAUUCAUUCACACAUAGAAGUCAUGAUGAUAUCACGCGCACGACGGUUAAUUAUUUCGCUAGGAGUUGUGUAAUACGUGACUUAGCACGCAUGGGAAAACGUGGCAUCCUCUUCGUCUCGCUCGGACUUGCCUCGCGCCGCGACACACGGCGCCUCGCUCGUGUCACGCGGAUGUCCCUCGUCGACGUCGCGCGCGUUCGUGGCGCGGGCGCAUCGACGUCCGCGUCGCGCCGACGAAAUUAUAGGGCGUCUCGCGUGACGCUUGUUCGCGCGUCAUCCUCGUUCGGCGCGGCGAGCGCGUCGAAGUCUCACGCUCGAGGCCUCGCGCUCGACCGACACCUCGUGGUCGACCGCUACGCCGAUGGCCUGCGCCAGCUCCACGCUUCACCGGACGUCUUCGUGAUUGACGAAUUCUUAUCCCCCGCCGCGUGCGAGGACGUAAUCGCACGCGCGCGGGCGAAGGGGGACAUGACGCAGAGCCCGGUGGUGUACGCGGGUUGGACGCGAGAUGUAGAGGCUUGGACGUCCACCGUCUCCAGUGGGCCCGCGGUGUGGGUGGGGGCGCUAGCGAUGCUCAUAGGAUCAACUGCGUUCGGACAGAGCGGCUUGGGGUUGCUCGGGGAGGGAGUAGUCGGGUACCUUGCCGCGGUCGGCGCGGCGUACGGCGCCUCGAUGUCAACGGUGGCGAUGAAGGAAGCUGAGCUGAGGGAGCUUCGCACGAGCACGAGCACCGCGCUCGAUGGUUCGGGCGCGGGCGAACGCGAACUCAUACGCGCGACGGAAAGAUUGCUCCCGGAGACCUCGUGGACGCAGUACGAGGCGCCGACGGUUAUUCGAUACGAGCCCGGGCAAAAGUUGGCGCCCCACUUCGACGCGAAUCAACGCGCGGACGUCGAAGAUGCCGACCGCGGAGGACAGACGCUCGCGACGCUGUUGGUAUACUUAAACGACGUCGACGAAAUCAAAGGUGGAGGACAGACAGUGUUCGGCCGUCUGGAGGACGGUCUCGCCGUGCAACCGGCGAAAGGACGGGCGCUCUUAUUUUUCCCGGCGAACGUCGACGGCGAGUUCGACGAGCGCGUCGAGCACGAGGGCGCGGAGGCCACGGAAGAGAAAUGGAUCGUGCGCGUCUGGGUGCAUCAACGUCGCGUUGGUUCGCCGUGCGGAUUGCCCGACGACUACGCGUCUUUGUAA